CGGCUGUUUUUCACCAAACUGUCAAAAACACGAGACGAAGAAAAAGAAGAGCUGCGCUCCGAACCGAUUUUUCAAAACAGAAGAUUUGCCACGUUUUCAAAGCAUUGAAUCAUUUACAAGUGAAGACGUUCAUUCAGACCAACAGGAAGAAUAGAAACCUGUAAAGACAGAGUUUAUUGAAGAUUGCAGUGAGCUCAUCUAGAAGAUGAGUGAUCCAGAACACGUCACAGUGAAGCAUGAUGAUACUGAAGAACGAGACCUGAUGGCAGAGAAUAAGGAAGGUAAAGAACUGAAUGAAGGGGAAGAAAAUAAUCAUGUCAUAAGUUGCUCACAGAAGGAAAGAGAAUUUGUAAGGAAAAGAAGAGCCAACAAAAUCUUCACUUGCCCUCAGUGUGGAAAAUCAUUCCCAUACAAAAGCAGUCUUGAAGGUCACUUGAGAAUCCACACUGGAGAGAGGCCACACGCAUGUGAUCAGUGCGGCAAGAGAUUCACACUAAAAGGGACUUUAAUGAAACACAUGAACAUCCACAAAGGAGAGAAGCCACACACAUGUGGUCUGUGUGGAAGCAGUUUCACACUAAAAAAGAAUCCUUAAGUAUCACAUGUUAAUCCACACAGGAGAAAAGCCACACACAUGUGAUCAAUGUGAGAAAAGUUUUGCACUUAAAGGAAGCCUUAAUGAACACAUGAAAAUCCAUACUGUAGAGAAGCUACACACAUGUGAUCAGUGCGGGAAGAGAUUCACACACAAAAUAACCCUUAAGAAACACAUAAAAAUCCACACUGGAGAGAAGCCACACACAUGUGAUCAGUGUGGGAAGAGUUUCACACGAAAAGAAACGCUUAAGGAUCACCUGAGAAUCCACACUGGAGAGCCUCUUCACACAUGUGGUCACUGCGGGAAGAGUUUUGUACAUGCAGUCAGUCUUAAUAAACAUCUGCGUUCUCAUAUUGGAGGUCCUCAAAGAUCCUUUAACUGUGAUCAGUGUGGUAAAAAGUUUAGUUGGGCACAAUCCCUGAAGGAGCACAUGAUCAUUCAUACACAGGAGAAGCCUCAUGUGUGUUCUUUGUGCGGAAAGAGUUUUUCACGACUGUAUACUUUAAAAAUACACCAAAAACGACACAGUAGUGUGAAGAGUCAUACGUGCUCUGAUUGUGGGAAGUCCUUUUUUACAGAUGGUCAAAUGAAGCUGCACCAAAGAAUUCACACUGGAGAAAAACCUUACAAGUGUUCACAGUGUGACAGUAGAUUCAGUCGGGUAGAGUCUCUGAAAACACAUGAGAAGAUCCACACCGGAGUGAAGCUGCACAUGUGUGGUCAGUGCGGGAAGAGUUUCACACUAAUAGGAAACCUUAAUGAACACAUGAAAAUCCACUCUGGAGAGAAGCCGCACGCAUGUGAUCAGUGCGGAAAGAGAUUCACACACAAAGGAACUCUUAAGAAACACAUAAAAAUCCACACUGGAGAGAGGCCGCACACAUGUGAUCAGUGUGGGAAGAGUUUCACAGUCAAAGAAAAGCUUCAGUUACACAUGAAUAGCCACACUGGAGAGAAGCCGCACACAUGUGAUCAGUGUGGGAAGAGAUACACACUAAUAGGAACCCUUAAUGAACACAUGAAAAUCCACACUGGAGAGAAGCCACACACAUGUGAUCAGUGUGGAAAGAGAUUCACACACAAAGGAACUCUUAAGAAACACAUAAAAAUCCACAGUGGAGAGAAGCCGCACACAUGUGAUCAGUGUGGGAAGAGUUUCACAGUCAAAGGAGACCUUCAGUUACACAUGAAUAGCCACACUGGAGAGAAGCCGCACAUAUGUGAUCAGUGUGGGAAGAGAUACACACAAAAAGGAACUCUUAAAGAACACAUAAAAAUCCACACUGGAGAGAGGCCGCACACAUGUGAUCAGUGUGGGAAGAGUUUCACACAAAAAUUUUUUCUUAAGAAACACAUAAAAAUCCACAGUGGAGAAAAGCCGCACACAUGUGAUCAGUGUGGGAAGAGUUUCACAGUAAAAGGAAACCUUAAGUUACACAUGAAUAGCCACACUGGAGUGAAGCCGCACACAUGUGUUCAGUGUGGGAAAAGUUUUACAUUAAAAGGAAACCUUAAGAUACACAUGAAAAGCCACACUGGAGAGAAGCCGCACACUUGUGAUCAGUGCGGGAAAAGUUUUACAUUAAAAGGAAACCUUAAGAUGCACAUGAAUAUCCACACUGGAGAGAAGCCACACGUGUGUUCUUCAUGUGGAAAACAUUUUACAUGGCUGCACGCUUUAAAGGUACACCAGAAGACACAUACCAGUGUGAAAGCAGUGUGAAAAAACAUUUGCUACAGCGGACAAAUUUUAAUGUCUCCAGAGAAUUCACACUGGAGAAAAGCCUUUUAAGUACUGACACAAUGAUAAGCGGACAUGUGAAACCAAAUUAGAGAUGAUCCACAUUGGAGAUCAGUUGUAUCUGUAGGUAUCACUAAGUGUAGUGCCAUUAAGUAUAGUUCUUGUUCAGAUACAUUUUCAGGUUAAAAUGUGCAUCAAGACCAUCAGUUUCAAGUGUUGAGAUUGAAUUUAAUUCAAAGUUUGUUCCUUCAAAAGGUAUGAUAUUUAAGUGUCACAUGUUGUUUUUCAUGUACAGAAAGUUCUUGGCUCCACAUUUACUAUGUGCAAAUGUAAGAUAAACGAUCAAACUAA